UAAAGCCCAUCUAUUUGGAACCAAUCAGGUCCUCCGCCUCAGAAUCAAACAGCCAAUCAAAUGCUGAGCCCUGCAUACCAAAUCCCAACAGUUUUCUAUCCUUAUCCUUAUUCUUCUUACCAAGGAAAUGUAAGUGGAAAACAAGCGCUCAUAAUUUGUACGAGGGACAAAAAACACGAGCUAUGGAGGACCUUCAAGACUCCAGUUUCAGUGUUCCUAGUGCUAUGAGUAUCGCUGAUGAAUUGAAGGAUGAUUUCUACUUCAACCUUUUGGAUGACUUCCUUGGAUCUCAGACUGGCGAGUCACUGGAGUUGGAUGAAAAGCUCUGCACAAACCGGCUUCUGGUGCAAGUCGGCGUAUUAAGAGAGGACAAUAAUGCUUCAUGGGUGAACAUUACAAAGUGGCUUCAGAAGAUUUUUCCAGUAUUUCAAUCUGCAGAUUUUCGAGGUUUGAUUGAAAGGAAUACAGAAACAGCUAUGAGCUUAACCGGAGAUGCCAGAGAGAGCUUUUUCGCGUCAAAUGUUAACUUUGAAUUUGUGGGACCAAUAUGCGAUAGCAUUGGCAUCAGCAGACCUGAUUUGCUUGAAAUGUCUGAUUUUUCUGACCGUGCAAAGUUAACAGAAGUUACAAAUGGUCUGAUACUAGAACUGACCAGCUUCAUUGAAAGAGAAAAACUUGACCCAGUUGUUCUGGUGUCAUGGCUUUGUAAUUUUGACCCUGCAUUCUGCAGUGAUGGUAAAAUCCAUAAAGCCAAUAAACUCCUUCAGGCAAGUCUGGAAAGGUUCAGGAUGCAGUGUCGAAAAAAUCAAACCAGAAGAUACCGGAGCAGUGGAUUGUACGAUGAAUUUCUUCGGAGUCCAUUUCAUCUUAUCUCUGAUCUCAAGGAUGACUCAGAAUACAGGAGUGUGUCGGUAAUCAAAGGGCAUUUGAAAAGAAAGCGUCUUCACGUUCAAAGGAUCCAAAAUAUUCCACUGGACAAGAUCAAGGAUGAAAGUGAAUCGUUUAAUUUCUCAUACUUCCGCCCUGAAUACAAUCCAAAGCCACAUUGCUAUACUGAAAACAGCCCAAAGCUGGAAUGUGACAAUGACUCUGACCAGACAUUCCAACCAAGAGAAGUGAAGAAGGAAGAUUAUCAUUGUCAGCCUGCUGAGCCUAAGUCUGACUUGGAAGACAAGACCCAGGUUGAUACAGGAGAUUGUUUAUCCAUCCUCGAUGUCUCUGUGCUGUCUUUGCAAAAACUUACAGAAAUGUAUGGAGGGAGAACUGAUGGGGCCAAUCUGGUGUCUAUGGAUCUCCUCAAGAAUCAGUAUGCUCUGAUGCUGAAAGAAGAUCUCAGCAUGCAGUCUCUGAAUGAAAAAGUCUUGGCCUAUAACUCGGCUGGAAAAGAACCUGUGCUACCACCGCCUUUGAAUUUCCUUCACUGCAACACUCAUUUCCUUCUCAAUUUUAUUGAUGCUGUUGAGAAGCAAAUCAUGUCAUUUGAAAGAGAAAUUGUGAACACUACAGGGGAUCAGCUUGGGCGAGACAAAAACCCCAAAUUUAACGGUUUUUUAAACUUCAAUGAGAGUGCCGUCACUCGGUACAUUAACAUGGCUUGUGAAAUCUUGUGUCCAAGAGGAGAAAGCAACAAUAAUUACAGAAGGCACUGGCUUGCCUUUUGCAUUGAGAGGAAGAACCCUUCUAGGCUACCUGUCAAUCAAUCUAAUAGGUUCAUUAACUAUUUUGAGGCAGCAGCUGCGCUUGUUCACCAUUACAGUGACGUUGCACUGUUUGUGUCUGACCUACAGCUACUUAAAGAUGAUGCAAAUAUUUUUCUAGAGAGCAUUAAUUCUGAUGCUAGCGAUGAGGCUAUACAGGCUCUCGUCUGUGUUGUGGCUGUAGUGUAUUGUAAAGUCUUGGGGCCCUUUUGGCAGCUCCUGAAGAGUGACGCCCAGUACGUGUUGUUCAGCAAGUACCUUUACUGCCUUUAUGAGAAGCUUCUAGAGUGGUCCAGGGAUGCAUCUGUUCUCUUGCAACCCGAGGCCGUGACAAAUGUGUUUCUCCAGGUUCCAAUGCAGGAGAACAGCUUUCCUGGUGUAUUUUCCUUCUGCCAUAGAAAUGCAAAUAAUCAAUAUGGUGCUCUAAUGAAGGAAUGCCUACAGAGGAUGAUGAAGUUCAUUGCUGCUGUAAUGGAAGAAAAUCUCAAAGACUUCUUACCAGGAGGCAAGUACUGCAAAGAUCAUUCUGGGGAACUCAUGGAACAGUUUGCUAGCUGCACGUUGUCCCAGCUGAUGGGCGAGUACCCGUUUGGUCAUGCAUACUCCUACAACAAAAACAGGCCGGAUAAAUCCCAAGUGCAGCCUGAGGGUAAUACAGAAGACCAUUCGGAUGGUGACGGUGUUAUCUACAGGGCUCCAGCUGUCAAGAAACGUUCAAAGCCUUAUGUCAUGUUUGACAGGGCGAAUUUGCGACCAUUGAACAAAUUAAAAAAGAAAAGAAAAUUGAACAAGUUGUCGUGUAAUUUGAAAAUGCAAGACCAGAAGUACAGGAAAACCAUAAUUGCUUCAGUCACAAAAAACGGAGGCCCAUGUAAAAGCAUUCAAGAUGUCGAUCAGUUGCUUUUGAGAAUGGAAGGGGCACACCAUUCUCAAAAGCGAGAGGCUGUCCGUUCAGAGUUAAACUACCAAAAGUUUGUCGUUGGGUGCCGAGACAAACGGCUGAACCGUUUAGGUUUCUCUCUGUCAGACCUGGUCAACAAACUAAAGGCCAUCUUGCCUUGCGAUAACCAGUCCACAAGCUUAGUAACAGAGCCGACUGGAAAUGUCGUUGGGGGUGAAGCGAGUUCAGGUAUUUCACAAUUUACACCACAAGAACAAACUGUGAAUCAACCAUCUUCACCUUCCAAUAAUAAAAUAGAUAUAAAUAAUAAAGACAACUGAGUAAUCUUUCAGAGUUACAGAGAGAAAGUGUUUGAGUUUUCACCUGAUUCAUAGAUUUUUCCAUUAUUUUUCAUUUAUUUCCAUAUUACCAUCCAUCAUGGUUUCAUUCAAUGUUUUGUUUUCUAGUCUGAAAAAAAAAAACUCACAAUACUUUUAAAAAUGUGUCUAAUUGAUUUUUAUCGAGUUUGUUAUAGUAAAGUUAUUCAGUUGUGUAUAAUAUGCAUUUAUUUUUAUAGCUUGGUUUAAAAUAAACUACUAUAUCCCUCACCUUUCUCUAGUGUCUGUGUAUUC